AUGCUACAACCAUUUUUUAGACGCAAACCAGAGAAACAGAGAUGUGAAAUGGAAACAAAUAAACAAGUCCAACCGAAAAUAAUCAACCUGUCAAAAAAAAUCCUGACUUCUAUACAAAUCAAAAUCCUAGCAAGAGGUUUAAAAUUUACCCCUACCCCCUGCAGAUCGAACCCAAAUGAAAUCAAGGACAAUACUUUGUACUUCUGCCGAAAAUUGCGCCUCACAGAAGCUCUUUACAACUACACCAGUGAAGAUGAUUCAAUAGUGAAAAACAAAAGUGAGUACCAUCCUACAAAAGGUAAAAAUAAAGCACUUGAUGUUUUCUGUGAUCACAUAACUUGUUUUCCUUACAAUACCAUUCCAAAACAACAUAUCAAAUCCAACCUUAAUUUAAAUGAAUGGAAAGACCUUGUCGAGCUAAAAAAUGACAUAAACCUCACUAUUAAAGAAACCGACAAAGGAAGUGCGGUAGUAUUGAUGGAUAUAGAGUACUACAAAAAUUUAAUACUGUCCAUGUUGGAAAAUAAUACUUACUAUGAGAAACUAACAUAUUACAACCCAUAG